AAAGAAUGGCCAAAAUAUCCACUAGUGGACCCCGAAUUCCCCUACCAUUGGGAUACUCUUGGAAUCCCCAGUAAUUACUGGGUGACCCAACUAAAAAAAAAAAAAAAAACUAAAUUGUGGAGCAUAAAAUGUUAACACAGAAACCCUAUGUAGAAGUCUGGUUCCAUGUUCAUUGGGAGGGGCCUCGACCCAAGUUAGCCAAAAUUUUUGUCCAAAAAGAACAGGAAGAUGAGGAAGACCUCUGGCUGACUGGACCUCAAUGGGGGCCACCACCUCCUCCUCCUCCUCCUCUUCCUACCGCUCCCCCUCCGGCGCCCCCACCCUAUCCCGGGCUGCGGAAAGAGCUGGACCAGCUGAACCAAGACAUUCAGAACUUGCCCUUUAUUCUAAGUUCGGCCAGUGCCUUCCCCGUCCUGGAGGUCCAGAACGGAACGAACGCACAGGAGGUGGCUGUCACCAGCUACUUAACGGUUCCCAUCAAACCCAGUGAGUUGGGGAAAAAAAAAAAAAGAGACCCUCCCUCGUAUGCAAGAGAACGCCCAUACCGCCCCCGAACAAUUGGAACUUUUUCUCGGCCCGGUGGAAUACUCCUGGGGGAACUGAAUUACCUUUUAGCCCACCUCUAUACGCCAGAAGAGAGGGGCCAGAUUCGGCGAGCUGCGCUCGGGGCUUGGGAGCAAAGGAAUGCAAAUGUCCCAAAUGCCCCGGCCGCAGAUACUAAAUUCCCUCUGGCAGACCCAAAUUGGAAUCCCAAUAAUGCUGAACAUCGGGAGGACAUGAGAGGAGUUUCCCCCUGUAUGACUAGGGGGGUCAUGGUUCCCCAACCGGGACCCAUGGGGAAUCCUUGGUAA